AUGGGAGGGGACUCAGAGCACUUUCCAGUUGUGAUGGGGCUGCACCAGGGAUCGGCUUUUAGCCCGUUUUUAUUUGCCUUGACAAUGGAUGUGCUGGCGCAGAACAUACAGAGGAAGUGCCAUGAAUAUUUAGAGUGCAAAUUCAAUGACGGGGCUCAUGAGUCACACGUGGAUGUGAAGCUUGAUACUCAAGUCAAGAAAGGGAGUUUCAAGUAUCUCAGAUCUAUUAUCCAGGGUAACAAGGAGAUUAACGAGGAUGUUGCAUAUUGUAUUGGAACGGGAUGGAUGAAAUGGAGGCUUGCGGUUGACGUCUUAUGUGAUAGGAAUGUACCGUCAAGACUUAAAGGUAAAUUUAUGAGGAUGUUGAGAUGGAUGAGUGGGUAUCCUAGGAGAGAUAAGAUUAGGAAUGAAGCUAUUCGGGACAAAGUGAGAGUGGCCUCCGUGGAGGAUAAGAUACGAGAGUCGAGUCUGAAAUGGUUCGGACACGCAAAGAGAAGAAGCAUUGAUGCUUUUGUCAGGAGAUAUGAGAGGCUAACUAUGGUGGGUUUGAGAAAAGGACGAGGUAGGCCAAGAAAGUUGAUUCUUGCAGGUAUUGAGAGUGGCACAACGAAGUACUCCCGAAUAGAGCGUUGGUGA